AUGUCUUCCACACAGACCGAGAGGGCUUAUCAGAAGCAGCCGACCAUCUUCCAGAACAAGAAGCGUGUUCUUGUUGGUGAAGGUGGCAAGGUGGCCAAGGAGAAGCUCCCACGCUACCACAAGAGUGUUGGGCUAGGCUUCAAAACCCCAAGAGAGGUAACUUACCCAACGACCUAAACUAUCCUGAAACUACAGUUGUGCUCCUUAUGGGCAGUAUGAUUAAUUUGUUGAAUUGUCUUUGGAAUACAUGACACCGGCUUGUCUAGUAGUCAAUUAGCUUGUAUGGUUAACUGCUCUUUGCAAGCUGCAAAUGAUGUUUUUCUCACGAUGGUCUUCCAAGCCUGAGGCUCUGACGACACUGCCUAAUGGCAACACUGAUGCAGUUAUAGAAGGGCUUUUGGCAUCUAUACUGAACAAAAAUAUAGAUGCAACAUGUUUCAUGCGCUGAAAUAAAAGAUCCCAGAAAUGUUCCAUAUGCACAAAAAGCUUAUUUCUCUAAAAUGCACAAAUUUGUUUAUAUCCCUGUUAGUGAGGAUUUUUCCUUUGCCAAGAUAAUCCAUCCACCUGUGGCAUAUCAAGAAGCUGAUUAAACAGCAUGAUCAUUACACAGGUGCACCUUGUGCUGGGUACAAUAAAGGGCCACUAAAAUGUGCAGUUUUGUCACAACACAAUGCAACGGAUGUCUCAUGUUUUGCGGGAGCGUGCAAUUGGCAUGCUGACAGCCGGAAUGUCCACCAGAGCUGUUGCCAGAAUUGAAUGUUCAUUUCUCUACCAUAAGCCACCUCCAACGUCGUUUUAGACAAUUUGGCAGUGCGUCCAACUGGCCUCACAACUGCAGACCACGUGUAACCACGCCAGCCCAGGGCCUCCACAUCCAGCUUCUUCACCUGUGGGAUCGUCUGAGACCAGCCACCCAGGCAGCUGAUGAAACUGAGGAGUAUUUCUGUCUAAAGCCCUUUUGUGGGGUAAAACUAAUUCUGAUUGGCUGGGUCUGGCUCCCCAGUGGGUGGGCCUAUGCCCUCCCAGGCCCACCCAUGGCUACGCCCCUGUCCAGUUGUGAAAUCCAAAGAUUAGGGCCUAAUGAUUUUAUUUCAAUUGACUGAUUUCCUUAUAUGAACUAACUCUGUAAAAUCGUUGAAAUUGUUGAAUGUUAUCUUAUAUUUUUGGUCAGUAAUAGUUUAUUUUUACCCAGGUUUGAGAGUUUUGGAAGGAGUUGCAGAGAACCUAACAUAUGUUGUUUCAACAGGCUAUUGAUGGCACUUACAUUGACAAGAAAUGCCCCUUCACUGGAAAUGUCUCCAUCCGUGGUCGUAUCCUCUCCGGUUAGUCUUUAAAUUUACUUGCUGUUCAUUGUUUUUGGUUUGGAUGUAAAACUUUAUUACCAACUGUUUUCUCACUGAACUGCAAAUGAUGUUUUUCUCACGAUGGUCUUCCAAGCCUUCUGGUUAUGACGACAACGCCUUAUGGCAUUACUGAUGCAACGACCCAAACCCCCUGCUCACCCUAUUCAACGGUCUACUCCUAUCCCUAGAUCAGUGCUUAGAUGUAUUCUAAGAUUGACCACACAUUGACCUGAUUCUGCCUUUUCAGGCGUGGUGACCAAGAUGAAGAUGCAGAGGACCAUCGUCAUCAGACGUGACUACCUGCAUUACAUCCGCAAAUACAACCGAUUUGAGAAGAGGCACAAGAACAUGUCUGUCCAUCUCUCACCUGCCUUCAGGUAAGAGGAUCCCUGUCAUACUGUUGAGCCUUUUCAACCUCUCUUCCUUACACAUGUUUUUUUCUCCAAAUUAAAUUGCUCGCCAGGCUGUAUCCAAUAAUGGGCUCAUCAUGCCUAGCUAGUGGCUUUCCUAUUGCAAGGAUGGCUGUAAUUCACUGUUACACUACAGUUGAAGUUCCAUUGAAUCAGAUUUGAUGUUGGCUGCAAAUGAUGUUUUUCUCACGAUGGUCUUCCAAGCCCAUGUGGCUCUGACGACACUGCCUAAUGGCAACACUGAUGCAGUUUGAACCUACCUAUCACAUGAGAUGGCACAGUGGUUUCCAGGUUUCUCAAUUUCCCUUGGAUUAUCUUGACGUUGUCAUACCUUGAACAGCAGUGCCUUGGUCACUUCAGGAUUAUGCUCCAAUAAUGCCCUCCUUUUCUCUGCAGAGACGUCUCGGUCGGAGACAUAGUUACCGUCGGAGAGUGCAGACCCCUCAGCAAGACUGUGAGGUUCAACGUCCUCAAGGUCACAAAGGCCGCUGGAGCCAAGAAGCAGUUCCAGAAGUUCUAA